UUUCUUUUCCUUUCGCUCUCCGCCCAUUGUUAGUAACGCCAUACGGAGAGCCAAUUCCUGCAUUCUGCAAUAUACGCCCUUCCAUCGUGCCGUUCUCGUGAGGCUGCGGCCUGCAAACCGUCGAAAUGGCAGUCAACAGGCAUUGGGAGCAAGACAAGGAGGCUACGGUCUAUAUUGGCAACAUCGACGAGCGCGCGACCUCGACCAUGGUCUACGAAAUCAUGCUACAGAUGGGCCCCAUCCACAACAUCCACAUGCCUCGAGAUCGCGUCACUCAAACCCACCAGGGCUUCGGCUUCGUCGAGUUUCGCACCCCUGCCGACGCCGAGUAUGCUGCCAACGUCAUGAACGGCAUCAAGCUCUACGGAAAGUCCCUGCGCGUCAACAAGGCCAGUGCCGACAAGCAGAAAGCUGCCGAGGUGGGCGCCGAGCUGUUCAUCGGAAACCUGGACCCCAUGGUCGACGAGAAGAUCCUCUACGACACCUUCAGCCGCUUCGGCCCGCUGCUGAGCAUUCCAAAGGUCGCCAGAGAAGAUAGCGGCGCGAGCAAGGGCUUUGGCUUCGUCAGCUACGGCGACUUCGAGAGCAGUGAUGCUGCCAUUUCCAACCUCCAUGGCCAGUACAUCCUCAGCAAGGAGGUGUCCGUGCAAUACGCCUUCAAGAAGGAUGGCAAGGGGGAGAGACACGGCGACCAGGCCGAGCGAGCCUUGGCUGCACAGGCCAAAUCAAGAAAUAUCCUUCCCGAGGCUCAACCCCUUCCCCAAGCUUUCAUCAUGAACACCGCCGCCGCCGCUGCUCCUGCUCCCGCCAACGCAGCACCUCCCUCCGCUCCAGCUGGCUUCGAUUCCGGUGCAAUUCCAGGCAUGCCAGCUGGAGUACCGCCGCCGAUGAUGGGAACGCCCACACAUGCGAAUAUUCCAAGCGGCUUUGCCCCCCCUCCACGGGGACCGUCUCCUUAUGGCGCCGGCCCCGGUCACGCUCCCAAUGGCUUCCCUGGCGCCGGACGAGGCUCAGCUCCUCUCCCGCCAGCCCCCUCAGGCCUGCCUGCGCGGCCUCCUCAGAUCCAGGGCGGAUACACGAACCCUGCGGACUUUCAUCCGUCCCACUUCCGCCCUCCUCCUGGAGGCCCUCCUGGUGGUGCUCCUCCGCCGCAAGGCUUCCCAGCUGUCCCGCCUCCUGGCUUCCCCGUUCCUCCUCCAGGGGCUUCAGGGACGCCUCCGGUGCCGCCUGGAUUCAUGCCACCUCCGGGCUUCCAGCCUCCGCCAGGCUUUGGUCGUCGAUGAGACAGGCCAAAUCAUCGUUCCUAAUACCUCAUUUAAUAAUUAAUGCCUGGUUUAUGUAGCAAGGACUGUGCGUUCAAUCAGGUAAGAGAAGGGCCAAAAAGAAAGCCAUUCAGACACACAGUUACGACAGACUUCUAAUGUCUCGGGAUUUUAAAAGGAGGAAACCAUAUUGAAAACAACGCCCUCGAGGACUCUUUUUCAUCUAG